GAAAGAGAGUGUGGGGGGGGUGGGAACGCAGAAUACCGCGCAGAAGCCACUAGCCACUUUGUGCCGCUUUGUUUAACUUGUUGAUGCGGCGUUAUCGCGCGGGGUUUGUGCCGCCGUGCGUGUGUGUGUGCCUGCAGCAGGAGGCGACAUGGCAAGUGGUCUCCAGCGAGGAUUUGAUUAAAGUCCCCGGAGCAGCCUUCCCUAAGGUGGGUGCUUUUGUUCCACCUUCGGCUCGGAGGAAACAAAAAGAGCGGACGUCAGUUUGCCGCAAAGUGAUUGGCGGUGCGCGGGGAUUGGAAUGCGUCUAAAUUGUCACCGGGUUCCCUUGAGCCGGCAAGCCUGUCCUCAUCCCCCGUAGACCGACUAACCCCCCCAGCCCGGGGGCAGUGUGAUAACCGGAGCGCGACACUUCUUCCAGGUCAGCAUGGCAGCAGGUGUGGCGGCGUGGCUCCCCUUCGCCCGCGCGGCGGCCAUCGGCUGGAUGCCCGUGGCCAGCACCCCCAUGCCCGUCCCGCCGCAGGACAAGCGCAAAGCCCAGGACGGUCUCAUCAUCCUCAACGUGAGCGGCACCCGGUUCCAGACGUGGCGGACCACGCUGGAGCGCUACCCGGACACGCUGCUGGGGAGCACCGAGAAGGACUUCUUCUUCCACGAGGAGAGCGGCGAGUACUUUUUCGACCGCGACCCGGACAUCUUCCGGAACAUCCUGAAUUUCUACCGCACCGGGAAACUGCACUACCCGCGCCAAGAGUGCAUCUCGGCCUACGACGAGGAGCUGGCCUUUUUCGGGAUCAUCCCGGAGAUCAUCGGGGACUGCUGCUACGAGGAGUACAAGGACCGGCGGCGCGAGAACGCCGAGCGGCUCCAGGACGACGAGGAGAUGGACAUGACCAACGAGGCCACGCCAGUCGACCUGACGCCGCGGGAGUACCUGUGGCGCGCCUUCGAGAACCCGCACACCAGCACCCUGGCGCUGGUCUUCUACUACGUCACCGGCUUCUUCAUCGCCAUCUCCGUCAUGGCCAACGUGGUGGAGACGGUGCCGUGCGGGAUGCUGCCCAACAGGUCUAAGGAAGUCUCCUGCGGGGACCGCUACGCGCUGGCCUUCUUCUGCUUGGACACGGCGUGCGUCAUGAUCUUCACGGUCGAGUACCUCCUGCGCCUCAUCGCGGCGCCCAGCAGGUACAAGUUCAUGAAGAGCGUCAUGUCGGUCAUCGACGUGGUGGCCAUCAUGCCUUACUACAUCGGCCUGGUCAUGACCGACAACGACCAGGUGAGCGGCGCCUUCGUCACGCUGCGCGUCUUCCGGGUCUUCCGGAUUUUCAAGUUCUCCCGGCACUCGGCGGGCCUGCGCAUCCUGGGCUACACGCUCAAGAGCUGCGCGUCCGAGCUGGGAUUCCUGCUCUUCUCGCUCACCAUGGCCAUCAUCAUCUUCGCCACGGUCAUGUUCUACGCGGAGAAGGGCUCCACGGCCAGCAAGUUCACCAGCAUCCCGGCAGCCUUUUGGUACACCAUCGUCACCAUGACAACGCUGGGGUACGGCGACAUGGUGCCAAAGACCAUCGUGGGGAAAGUGUUCGGCUCCAUAUGUUCCCUGAGCGGGGUGCUGGUCAUCGCCUUGCCGGUCCCCGUCAUCGUGUCAAACUUCAGCCGCAUUUACCACCAAAGCCAGAGGGCGGAGAAGCGACGAGCCCAGAGGAAAUCUCGGCUCGCUAGAAUCCGUGCAGCGAAGAUUCGGGGCACUAGUUCCUAUAUGCGCUACAAACAAAAUGGGCUCCUGAUCGACUCGCUGGAGGAGGCCUCCAAGGUGGCAGGACAAGCCCUGGUGGGGAAGUCCUCCAGCCCUCCGUUUGAGAGCCAGCAUCAUCAUCUGCUGCACUGCCUGGAGAAGACCACGAAUCAUGAGUUUGUGGACGAGCAGACCUUCCAGGCCAACUGCAUGGAGAUCUCAGUGAUGAAAAAGUCCAGCUCCCGCAGUUCCUCGCUGUCCUCCUCGCCACACGGCUUCAGCUCGUGCUGCUCUCGGCGCCACAGGAAGAAGAACAGCUUCAGCCUGCCCAGCACCAACAACCAGGAGCUGAGCACCAUCCAGAUCCGAGAGAGGCCCGUGGCCAACAGUCGCUCCAACCUGAACGCCAAACUGGACGAGAAGGUGCCGCUGAAGCGCGACCAGGCGUACAUCAGCCCCUCCAUGGUCAGCCUGGCCGCCCCGGUGGUGACCUCGUCGGACGGCGACGGCUCGUCCAGCACCGCCUCGGCGUACUCUCAAAGCAACAUUGUGCGAGUAUCCGCCUUGUAGACGCGGGGAAGGGAAGGAGGGUGGGAGGGGGCCUCGUCGAGCAUGAACCCGCCGAAACGUGGAGGGAUUUUUUUUUUCUUCUUUUUAUCCCAAGCGGUGAGCUCAUCUGAUGUCAAACUCUGCAUGUUUUUUUUUUUCUCAAGAGGGGACGGUGGAGGCCUCCUCCGGGGGAGGGGGGGGUUAGCGACCAGCACAUCUUGUUCCAUGAGGAAAGCACAGCGAGCGGAAGUGUUGGGAGGGAAUCAUCGUUGCCUAAACAUACUGAGAAACACUUUAUUUUUCAAGAUAGUCGUCAAAGUCGGAAAGGAGCGCUUCUUGUUUUGUUUUUUUUUGUCCUGGACGAUGACCAAGCACACGCCUUCAUUCCCCACGGACGCCAUUGUCGUUGUGAAUAUUCCGUCCGGUCCGCUUCUGCAUUCGAUUUAUUUAGAUUUUUUUUUUUUUUUUUUUUUUUUUUUUUACCCCUCCCCCCCCGCCGCACUCUUGUAAAUGGGACAAGUCCACGUGCAUCCCGGAGUGGGAAAGAACGGACGAAUUCGUGACGCAUCGUGACAUUCUGUCUGUGAAAUGUGCAAGUAAAAGUGAAAGUCCGAAAGAAAGGGGAAAAAAAAAAAAAAAAAAAAAAAAAAAAAAAAGGUCACAUGUUUAUUAACAUGUAUGGAAAACAUUCCGGUGGAACCUCCAAAGUCAGAAUUUUCAAAACGGGGCCCCAUCAAGUCAUAAAAAUGGGGUCCCACUUUUUUGAAAACAAAUGAUAAAUGUAUGCAUUAUCCUGUUAUACCCUAUAUUGCCAAAAGUAUUUGGCCACCUGCCCUGACUCACAUAUGCCAUCCCAUUCCUAACCCAUAGGGUUCAAUAUGACCUUUUUGCAGCUAUUACAGCUUCAACUCUUCUGGGAAGGCUGUCCACAAGGUUGCGGAGUGUGUUUAUGAGGAAUUUUCCACCGUUCUUCCAAAAAACGCAUUGGUGAGGUCACACGCUGAUGUUGGUGGAGAAGGCCUGGCUCUCAGUCUCCGUUCUAAUUCAUCCCAAAAGUUCUAUCGUCAGGACUCUGUGCAGGCCAGUCAAGUUCUCUGUCAUCCAUUGUCUUUAUGGACCUCGCUUUGUGCACUGGUGCACGGGCAUGUUGGAAGAGGAAGGGGCCCGCUCCAAACUGUUCCCACAAGGUUGGGGAGCAUGGAAUUGUCCAAAAAUGUUUUUGGUAUCCUGGAGCAUUCAAAGUUCCUUUCACUGGAACUAAGGGGCCAAGGAAAAACAACCCCACACCAUAAUUCCUCCUCCACCAAAUUCUACACUCGGCACAAUGCAGUCCGAAAUGUACCCUUCUCCUGGCAACCUCCGAACCCAGACUCGUCUUUCUUUCUUUGGAAUAUUUAGGAGCGAGGAAAUUUCACGACUGGAUCUGUUGCACAGGUGGGAAUCCUGUGACAGUUCCACGCUGGAAAUCACUGAAAGCGGCCCAUUCUUUCACAAUUUGUAGAAACAGUCUCCAUGCCUAAGUACUUGAUUUUAUACACCUGUGGCCGGGGUCAAGCUAUUAGGACACCUGAUUCUCAUCAUUUGGAUGGGUGGCCAAAUACUUUUGGCAAUAUAGUGUAUCUCACAUUCUGUAUUGUGUUUUGGACAAAGGUUUUCAUAAACGUUACUUAAUUCAUUAAAAAAAAAAAUCAUUUUUAUGUAUAUGUAAAUGUAUUCGGUUAUAAACAUUCAUUCACUUUCUUCUUUCCUUCAUGGAUCUAAACUGUACCGCUGCCGGAAUUUUUUUUCUAUAUUUUCAUUUAAUAAGUUGUAGGUGUAUUUAUUUCAGUAUAAAAGUGUAAAAAAGUGUUUUGCUUCGGUCAUGGAAUGAUGAUAAUGGUGUGCCAGGGCAUGACUUCUCUGGCAGAUUGAUGGACCCUCUGGGUUUGAUAAUCGGCAGAAGAUCACAGUCGGCUCGUCCCCUGAAAACCUCCUUAGCUAUGAAUUUUACAUCCUAUGGAGGGUAUCAAUGAUGGUCUUCUGGACAGUUGUCAAGUCUUCCCCAAAUUCAUCCUAACUGAGACAAUUGAAGCAAUUUAACGACAACCCAAUUUUAGUAGACGAGUAUAGUGUGACACUCACUUUCAAACAUUCAUGCCCUGUCAAAUUUGGCCCGAUUUCUUCACGGUAUUCUCAUUUUUCAAAAUCCCGUUUUCGAGGGUUUUUGUGUGCUAGGCAUGACUUCUCUGGCAGAUUGAUGGACCCUCUGGGUUUGAUAAUCGGCAGAAGAUCACAGUCGGCUCGUCCCCUGAAAACCUCCUUAGCUAUGAAUUUUACAUCCUAUGGAGGGUAUCAAUGAGGGUCUUCUGGACAGUUGUCAAGUCUUCCCCAUAUUCAUCCUAACUGAGACAAUUGAAGCACUUUAAUGACAACCCGAUUUUAGUAGACGAGUAUAGUGUGACACUCACUUUCAAACAUUCAUGCCCUGUCAAAUUUGGCCCGAUUUCUUCACGGUAUUCUCAUUUUUCAAAAUCCCGUUUUCGAGGGUUUUUGUGUGCCAGGGCAUGACUUCUCUGGCAGAUUGAUGGACCCUCUGGGUUUGAUAAUCGGCAGAAGAUCACAGUCGGCUCGUCCCCUGCAAAUCUCCUUAGCUUUGAACUUUACAUCCUAUGGAGGGUAUCAAUGAUGGUCUUCUGGACAGUUGUCAAGUCUUCCCCAUAUUCGUCCUAACUGAGACAAUUGAAGCAAUUUAACGACAACCCGAUUUUAGUAGACGAGUAUAGUGUGACACUCACUUUCAAACAUUCAUGCCCUGUCAAAUUUGGCCCGAUUUCUGCACGGUAUUCUCAUUUUUCCAAAAUCCCGUUUUCGAGGGUUUUUGUGAGCCGGGGGCCCGAAUUAUGUACCGUAUUUUCCGGACCAUAGGGCGCACUGCCGAUGAAUUGAAAAUAAAUUAUGACAUAUCAUUCUAUUCAAAAAGACAAUAACUAUACUCAAUGAAGAGACAGCUACUUAAAGACAAAAAGAGAAAAAAACAUGGAAAAAUUCACUUUUUUGAGUAGUUAUUCCUAAUGCCUAAAAAAGGAGCACUUAUUUAAAUAAAAACUGCAAACUAAACAACAAAAAUAAAAAAAUCUACCGUUUUUUUCGGACCAUAGGGCGCACCGGAUUGCAAGGCGCACUGCCGAUGAAUGGUCUAUUUUUAAUCUUUUUUCAUGUAUAAGGCGCACCGGAUUAUAGGGCGCAUUAAAGUAGUCAUAUUAUUAUUUUUUUUUUCUAAAUGUAAAAGACUUCCUUGUGGUCUACAUAACAUGUAAUGGUGGUUCUUUGGUCACAAUGUUGCAUAGAUAAUGUUUCACAGAUCAUUUUCAAGCCGCUUUCUGACGUUUUGUGGGCGGGUCUUAUUUACGUGGCUCACCUUCGACAGCGUCUUCUCCCCCGUCAUCUUUGUUGUAGCGGUGUAGCGUGCAAGGACGGGAGUGAAAGAAGUGUCAAAAAGAUGGCGCUAACUGUUUUAAUGGCAUUCAAACUUUACUUCAAUCAAUAACGGA